UUUACAGGAAAUUUGCUGAGGGCAAAUGUACAGAAAGGGGGUGAAAUGUACUCUAUGAACAAAGUCUGAGGAUCUCAACAACCAGAGUGGCAGCAAUUAUCAUGACCCAAGCGCAUACGACCAGUAUGGAACCCUUAACUGAUUACUAUUAUGAAGUGACCAUGUGUAAUACAGAAGAGGGAUCCCUAAAUCCACACAUCAAGGCUGCCAUUUUCUACAUAGUUUUUGUGCUCGGCCUUGUUGGCAACAUCAUCGUCUUAUGGGUACUCCUGAAAAGCAUGCAUGUGAAAAAUAUGACAAACCUCUGCCUGCUGAAUCUGGCCAUGUCCGAUCUACUAAUGGUUCUCUCGCUGCCCUUCUGGGCUCUCUAUGCUCAAGGUCACUAUCUGAAAACUGAUGCAAUGUGUAAAGCUAUGGCGGGUGCGUACCAGGUGGGAUUUUACAGCGGGAUCUUUUUUGUGACUCUCAUGAGCGUGGAUCGCUAUCUCGUCAUCGUACACGCCGUCGCAGUGCUAGGAGCAAAGAUGCUGCGCUACGGCAUUGUGGCAAGUGUCAUUAUUUGGAUGGUUUCCAUUGGCGCAGCCCUUCCAGAGGUCAUUUUCGCAGAGGUGGUCAAGGAUAGCGAAUCCAACAGUUGUCAGAGACACUAUCCUGAUGAGUCGGCCAGAAAGUGGAAGCUUUUCCGUAACUUUGGUGAAAAUGCAGUUGGACUGUUCAUCUCUUUGCCCAUUAUAGCCUACUGCUACCUGAGGGUACUGAUGGUUGUAAAGAAGACAAAAAACUCUAAGAAAAAUCGGGCCAUAAAGCUCAUCUUGGGCAUUGUUAUCAUGUUUGUGGUCUUCUGGGUGCCCUACAAUGUGGUGGUGUUCCUGAAAACCUUGCACGAAUUUGACAUGUUGACAAGCUGUGAGCCUUAUAAGAUUAUCAAUAUGGCCAUGGAUGUGACAGAGACAAUCGCGCUCACACACUGCUGCGUAAAUCCAUUUAUUUACGCUUUCGUUGGAGAAAAGUUUAGGAAAUACUUAGCAAGCGCGUUCUCAAAAUAUCUUCGGUGCCUGAAAACCUACCAAUCAACGCCAUCGCAAUCCAGAAUUUCAGAAAACGACACUUCCAACACAGCUAUUUUCUCUACAUCUCCCAUGAAAAGUACACAAGUUUAACUUUAUUGAUAUUAUUUUCAGAUUUGGCUGAUGUUAGUAUUGUUGUUUUGUGUUUUGUACAUACCGUGAUUACAUUUAAACCUAUCGUAGACACUUGUAUUCAAAGAAGUUUCCAAAUGAGAAGAAACUGAAGCAAUCAACUAACUAAAGAGCAACAACAUCCAAGUGCAACAUGUGACAGGCACAUACUGUUGUUUUCACCACUAGAGGGUGCAUAUUAACAACAAACAAGAACAAAGUUUGAUGAUGCCGUGACUGAGUGUGGAAUCAUGGAAGUUGUCAUCUUCAUUACAUCCUACAGGACUACUGCAGAAAUCAUGAUCAUGGAUGAGCUAUUCAAAACGCCUGGUUCUUUUGGGUCAUGAUCACAUGGAGAAGAAUCCCUGUACCCCAUACUAAAAACAUUUAGGCUUCUGUUAAAAUCAUUGGUGUUUCUGGCUUUCGUGAAUUGAAAGUAUUUGCACGGGUUUCCUCUGGAUGCUCCGGUUUCCCUCACAGACCAAAGACUGUGUAGUUGAAGUGAAUAAACUAA